AUGGCCACCGAACUUACUCAAGAGGCAGUACUGAAAUUUAUUUGCAGCAAAAACGGAAGAGUAAAAAAUUCGGAUCUGUUAGAUUACUUCAAACGGUUCCUUCGGGAAGAUGAAAACAGGACGGAGAACAGAGAAUUGUUUAAGAGGUUCGUGAAUUCGGUGGCGGUGGUAAAACGAGAGGAAGAAUCUGCAAAUAAUCUGCCUGAUUACCAGUUAACAGCCCACAACAACGGGAGCCUACCAAGGUUGAAUGAUAGACUCAGACCCCACUUUAGGGAAAACAAUGGCGAGGAGGCACUAUUCGGUCCACAGUCUGUGCGCCACAGCCUACCCCUUGAUAAUGCCCGGAGCCACGCCCCUGGAAGUUUUGCAGAACAUCACCAUGCCAGGCUAUCCACCAGCCAUGGUGACCUUCUCCUGCCCCCUUACGAUGACAGUGCAUGGCCUGAGAUCGUGUCUAAAGGGGGGUGGUCCAGCGACGACAGCCUUAAUUACAAGGAACUGGCUGGCGAGCAAGAGGGCAAAGUGCGAGAGAUGUUGGCGCGUGCUCAAGAGGCCAGGCUGUUCGAAAAGCUGCGCAGUUCAGAGGGGAAAGUGGGCCCCUUGCACCACUCAAUGGGUAAUCUUGAUGACCAGGAACCCGGGGUAACCGGAGCUGGUUCAGGAUCCACAAGCCCGGUUACCGUGCGCCCCAGUGCACGGAGAACCCGCAGCCAGCUUCGGAGCCGCUUGUGCCGCAGUCUAGGGGCGGACCUGGACCAGCCUUUCUUUGAGGACGGAGUCUCGGCGCGGAUCAACCGUCUUCACCUGCUGUCAUCUUCUCUGAGCUUCAAUUACUCCACACCCCCCCGAACGCACAGCUACGGGGACGUGUCCUCUCAAGGCAGUGGCAGUAGCAGAAUCCAUCCUGUCAGUGAUGGCUCCGGUUUCCACCGGAACUCGAUGGUACCACUUGAUCCCAAAGAACACGACUGGAUGGUGAAGGCAGCUGCAGGUACAUGGACGGACAUAUACUCUCUGUUUCGAGAUGAGCCCGGUCUCCUGAACAAGAGGGACUUCAUCUCUGGAUACACAGUGCUGCACUGGAUUGCCAAGCACGGGGACCAUCGGGUGCUCAACACGCUCUGGUAUGGGGUCAGUAAAAUGGGAAUGAACCUGGAUAUUGAUGCUAAAACCACCUGUGGAUACACGCCCCUACACCUGGCAGCUAUGCACGGCCACAAGAAGCUCAUCCGCCUCCUGGUGCACAAGUUCAAAGCCAAUGUGGCCAUGAGGGACACCAGUGGUAAAAAGCCAUGGCAAUACAUUGGCAAAGGUGGCCCUAGGGACCUCCUACACCUGCUUGGGGCCCCUGCUAACAUAACUGGGGGCUAUAUCUCUAAUCAGCCAGCGUCUGUGGAGAAACUGAUGACGCGACCAGGCACAAUGUCCCCCAAAGUGAAAAGGCAUUCUUCAAUUGCGGCGUUUCUCAAGCACAAGUCCCUGCUGAAGGUUUCGAGUCACCCCGAGGCCUUUCUGUGA